AUGGCCGGAACAACGCGGCUCCUUGUGUCUGCUGCACAAAAAUGGCCCAUGGAAAAUGUGCGAUCAGCCAGCGACCGGCUGCAGUUGUUCGAGAUCCUGAUCCUGGGAGAUCUGAGAUACGAGUACAACUUGGACGGCGUUGGACAUGGUCUGGUCAACUCGGCCCAUGCAUCAUGCGACCAGCUACUCCCUGCUAGCCAGCGGGGAACGCCACUCAUCUUGGUCCUGGUCACCUUGGUCGGCCUCUGGCUCAUGGUGCGGAUACUUUGGCGAAGAGGAAGUAUCCCCGCCAAUUUGUCGCGGUAUCCUGACCCCGAAUUGAUCAGAGGCAAUGUCACUGUCCCCUUUGAUCCGCACGAUCGCCUUUUCAGUCCGCCACUCAGCACUCGAGGCCGCGACAUCGUCGACAAGGAUGGCAAGCGUGUCAAGCUCGUCUCAGCGAACUGGUACGGCGCCAGUGACAUAUAUAUGGUCCCCGGUGGCCUGGACGUCCAGAAUCGAACCAAAAUUGCCCGCAUCAUUCGUGAGCUCGGAUUCAAUAGCGUGCGACUACCGUACGCCGAUGAGAUUGUUCGCAAGAAUCCCAUCAUCGACCCCGAACUUCUGACAGCCAACCAAGACCUCGUUGGAUUUCGAGCGUUGGAUGUCUAUGCCGCGGUCGUUCGCACCCUGACCGAGACAGGGCUGGCCGUCAUCAUCAACAACCAUAUCACCCAAGCGAGAUGGUGCUGUGAUGGCUAUCCCUGCGACAUGGGAUGGUCCAACAGUGACCUCGGCCCUCUAUGCCCUGUCCGUCAGACCGAGGAAGAUUGGAUUCAAGAUCUCAUAACAGUGAUGAAACCUCACAUCAACGAUCCGCUGGUCGUUGGCGUGGACCUGCGCAAUGAGGUUCGUGGUUUUGCGGGCAGAUUCAUGUGGGAUUCAUGGGCAACUGCCGCCGAACAUGCGUCGGAACGACUACACCAGCUUCAACCCAGGUGGUUGAUGAUAGUGGAGGGUGUCCAGUCUGCCAAUGAUAUCAGGGGAGCCCAGGAUCGGCCUGUCCGCCUGACACAGCAGAACAAGUUGGUGUAUUCGUCUCACGUGUAUGGAUGGUCAGGCUGGGGAUCCCUCGUGCCGUAUUGGUACCGAACGUACAAGUCGUUCGCUGAGGACAUGGACAAGAACUGGGAGUACCUCCGUCAGACCGAUACGGCGCCGGUCUGGGUCGGUGAGAUAGGAGCUCCAAAUUCCCCGUCAAGACGAGACUACCACUACUGGAGGAAUCUCAUGAGGUAUUUGAGGAAAUGUGACGCCGAUUUUGCCUACUGGGCAAUCAACCCGCGCAAGCCGAAGAGUGAUGCUACCGAGACGUAUGGACUUUUGCAGGACGACUGGCAAACACCAGUCUAUGACUACAGGUUGCUGGACAUGGCGGCGCUGAGACAGAAGUAG